UGACUACUGCGCACGCGUACGCGACGCGGCCAGUUUUAAAUUUAGAAGCGUCGCCGGAAUUUCGCCGUCCUAUUUUGUUUCCGAUUCGCCGCAAACGGCACAAUUUAACCUCCAAUGUUAUUGUUACAUCUAAAUUAUAACAUUACAAAUUAAUUAAUUUAACAUUAUAAAGUGCAAUGUUCCGGUGGGUGUGUGUUGUGAAAUGAAAUAUGAAUAAUUUGUGGGGGCACGGACCAGUCGUUAAAUUAUAUCCAACAAAGUGACGGCAAUAUGUUCAGUGCAGUAAUAAUUGUGAUAUUAUUGUGGGAACAUGUUGUAGUAGAAAGCAUUCGUAUCAAAGAGCUGCAGGUGCCCGGCAUAGCGGCGGAAGGCGGGCAGGCGCUGCUGGGUUGCCAGUUCGAUCUCGAAGGCGAUGAUUUGUACUCCGUCAAGUGGUACAAGGACGGCAAGGAGUUCUAUCGAUACGUGCCUUCCAACGACGAGGUCAUGUCGCAUUUUACCAUGCCUGGAGUGUUUGUUGAUGUAACACAUUCGUCGAGCACCAUGGUGGCGCUAGAACACCUAACAAAGGACUCGGCCGGCCUCUAUCGGUGCGAAGUGUCUGGAGAAGCGCCCUACUUCGUUACAGUUUACAAAGAAAAAGCCGUCAAUAUACAUCUACUUCCAAACAAAAAACCACGAGUGAGAGGACUACAAAAUGAAUAUUCAAUAGGCGACUUACUGGAGGCAAACUGUACGUCUACUAGGUCUCGCCCAAAGACACAAGUAAUGUGGCUAAUAAAUGACCAAAUGGCAGCAAAAAAGUACACUCGAGGGCCAUGGGAGAGGGUGUCAAGGGAAAGGGCUGAUGCUCGUGAGACGACGCUAGAGUUAAGAUUCUUUUUAUUGUCACACCAUUUCCGUGAUGGCGUGCUGACUGUCAAGUGUCAAGCCGCUUUACCCCCAUUAUACCAAGAUGAAGUAAUUCAUCACAUUCUUCGAAUUGAUCCUGCUGUUGUUGCUGAUCCUAUUCCAAUAGAUGCUGGAGAUGAUUUAGAGGCACCACCACCCAUCUAUCAGACGCCGGUCUUAAGUGAAAAUACUGGUUUUUUACCCGCUACUGGUUCACUCAAUGAGGAAGACGCUAAAGAUAACAGUGGAAGAAAUAAGUUCUCUGUUUGGGUCAUUAUUCCAUCGACAUUCGUAUUGCUAUUUUUACUGUAGAUGCUUUAAAUUGUUAUUAUUACUAUACAUCGAGAAUUUUAUAAUAUAGUGUCCAUAUUUUAAAGUAUUUUUACGCAUAUAA